GAGACGCGGAGGGCAAAUGAGGCAGCAGGGACUGGCUGCUGCGACGCACGGCCAUUUACAUACCUUUGCGCAACGCGUAACACAUGCAUUCACGUGCACGCGCGGGGGGCACUUUUACACUCCGGCUCACUCAUAAAGGAGAGCAAACAGUUGAACCCUUUCGAGAGCGUACGGCAAAUAUAACAAGUAUGCGGGAUGCUGCGCUCCAUCCAAGAGGAGGCCGUUGCGCGGUUUUACGCGCGGUGGCACGUCCGAGCCCAUCCAAAAAGACGCCGAGCCUUCUUGAGUUUAUCUUGCUCAUGUCAGCGAUGUUGCUCGUGCCGGUCCAGCCAGCAUCAGCUCAUCCUCAGUGCCUGGACUUCGAGCCACCUUUCAAACCUUCAUGGCACCUGGAAUUUUGCACUCAGUACGAGCAGUUUGGCUGCUGCGAUCAGAAAACGGACAACACGAUCGCGGAGAGAUACUGGGACAUUAUUGACCAGUUGGAAGCGGCGGGCCAUGAGCUCUGUGCAGACAUGUUAAAGGAAAUCAUGUGCCAGGAGUGCUCUCCAUAUGCCGCCCACCUCUAUGAUGCUGAGGACCCGUACACACCCGUCAGAGAGCUACCUGGCCUUUGCUCCGGCUACUGCUCAGAGUUUCAUGGCAAAUGUCGCCAUGUGGUGAAAUAUUUAACUGGGAACCAGCUGCUGUGGGACACGCCUGGGCGUGAUGUGUCCACAUUCUGCAGCAUGGUUGACUUGUCCGACCAGGACUACUGUUACCCCAACGUUUUGAAGAGCCCUGACCUGAACAGCAACCUGGGGCAGGUGGCGGAGGACCCCCGCGGGUGUCUCCAGGUGUGCCUCACAGAGGUGGCCAACAACCUCAGGAACCCCGUGUUGAUGCUUCACAGCGGCGACGGCACGCAUCGCAUGUUCGUCGCCGAGCAGGUGGGCUUUGUGUGGGUUUACCUGCGCGACGGCAGCCGGCUGGAGCAGCCCUUCCUGGACAUGAGCGGGGAGGUGAUGACCACGCCCUGGCUGGGGGAUGAGAGGGGCUUCCUGGGCAUGGCCUUCCACCCAAAGUACCGGAACAAUGGACGCUUCUUCAUCUACUACUCCAUCCAGGUCCACAGUGAGCUGGAGAAAGUUAGAGUCAGUGAGAUGAAGGUGUCUGCCCACGAUAUGAACGUGGCGGAUCUUUACUCAGAGAGGGUUAUUCUAGAGAUUGAUGAACCAGCCGCAAACCACAAUGGAGGCCAGCUGCUGUUUGGUCUCGAUGGAUAUCUGUACAUCUUCACUGGAGAUGGUGGAAAAGCUGGAGAUCCAUUUGGGAAGUAUGGCAACGCACAAAACAAGAGUGCCCUGUUGGGAAAAGUUCUCCGCAUUGAUGUCGAUGUGAGUGACUCCAGAGGGAAGCAGUACAGGAUCCCCUCUGAUAACCCAUUCCUCCAUGAACGAGACGCCCGGCCAGAGGUGUAUGCAUAUGGGGUCAGAAACAUGUGGCGAUGCUCCGUGGACCGCGGGGACCCGGUCAGCCGAUACGGCAGGGGCAGGAUAUUCUGUGGAGACGUGGGCCAGAACCGCUAUGAGGAAAUUGACAUUAUUGUGAAAGGAGGAAACUACGGAUGGAGAGCCAAAGAGGGCUUUGAGUGCUAUGAUGUGAAAAUGUGCCACAACUCCACCUUGAAUGACAUCCUCCCCGUAUUUGCAUACAGCCAUCAUGUUGGGAAGUCUGUGACAGGGGGAUAUGUGUACAGAGGAUGUGAAUCACCCAAUCUGAACGGCCUGUACAUAUUUGGAGACUUUAUGAGUGGGCGAAUCCUGGCGUUAGAGGAAGAUAAGACCACAGAAAGCUGGAGGGAGAGGAGUGUGUGCAUGGGGGAAACCAAGACCUGCUCAUUUCCUGGACUCAUCAACCACCACCACAAGUUCAUCAUCUCGUUUGCUGAAGAUGAAGCAGGGGAACUAUAUUUUUUAGCCACUGCGUACCCCAGUACCAUGUCUCCUUUUGGAACGAUUUUCAAAUUCAUGGACCCCUCCAGGAGAGCUCCUCCAGGGAAAUGUAAGCAGAAGCCGCUGUCUGUGAAAGUGAGGGGGAAAAAGAUUCCUUUUGUGCCCAGGGAACGGACCGUGCUGGACACAAAUGAAAAACCUACGAGACCUCCACCAAGAAAAUUCAAACUCACCACCAAACCGACGACGACGAGGAGCCGUCUCAAACCCACGACGACCACGACGACCAGCGCUGCCGUGAAGCCCAGCUGGAAAUCACUUGAUAAGAAAGCGAAGAAGACGAAGAAGUUGCAACCAUGGAAGAAAACCAAAAUGCCGAAAAAGCAGCCAGCUAAUGCACAGACAAAGAAGAACCCUUUGAGACAGAAAUCCAAGGCCCAAUCAAAAAAGACACCUGAAGUAAAGCCAAAGACCAAUCCCACUUCCACAGCUGAUUUCCAAAGUAACGCUCUAAAGAAACCCAACAGCCUGAAAGACAACACAAUCCACGCAAGGAAAGCUGUGCAGAAGCCCAUCCAACACAAGAAAAACAGCAUAAAGAUGAAAGGAUCUGCAAAGCAAUAUCACGCCUUCAUGAACAAAACUCAGACAAACGUGAACGUGAAGAGGAACAGAACAAUGCCAAACUAACUUCAGGUAAAAAGAAAGCAAGUAAAAAAUGCCAAAGUAUUAUGUAUAUGUUCUGCCUGAGUCAUUAUUUUGUAUGUCUUUGUUUUCAAUACAGUUUUAACAGUUAACUUUCAGUGUUAACUGCCAUGUUUUAAAGAAAUAGUUUGACAUUUUUGGGAAAUGUGCUUAUUGGCUUUCCUGCCAUGAGUUAGAUUAGAGCAGGGAUCUUCAACGGGGGCCCGGGGCCCGUAGGGGGUCCUCAGAGUCAAUGCAUGGGGGGCCUCCGAAUCAUUGUUCAUUUUUGAAAGAAUUUUCAAAAAUUUAAAAGAAAGUCAUAACAUGAUUCCAACAUAUUAUUAGCAAAUAUAAUUCCCCUCUGAUGAUCGGCUUACUGGCCAUCCACACAUAGUUAAUUAAUGAAUCCACUGUGCCAACAAUUAUUAUUUUAAUAGCUUAGUAUUCUAUGCAAAAAGGCUAUAAAUGAAAGUUUUAGGCAGCCCUACAUGUUAUUGUAGGCCCAGUUUAAGACGCCACUUUAUUUUAGACAGUAUGUGUAGUAGGGGGUCCCUGCGCUGUCUCUCUUUCAGUGAAGGGGUCCUUGGCUUAAAAAACGUUGAAGACCCCUGGACAAGAUGAUUGAUUUCCCUCUCCUUGAGGACAUUUGUAUCAAUCUUUCAGCAAGAUCGUGAAUCCACGCAUUUCCUAAAAUGUUGCAGUAUUCCUUUAAAGUACAAAGCACAACUGUUGCAUACAAUUAUGCAUGUAACGACACUGCUUCCUUUUUAUUUUUGACUGCUGUAAAAUCAGCGUCUGUAUGUAAACCACAUCAAAUUAGUUAGAAGUGGGGGAAAAAGCAGAAAACUGAAAAUAAAACAACCAUCUUUGAACUAUACCAUAGCCCGGUGUUGUUAAAAUGCUCUAAUUUUA